AAAAGACACAAAGUUUCUAUAUAAAGAGAGAGUUACCAACCUCAGCACAAUACAAUUCAUUGACAUCAUUUCUAUCUCUUACACAACCAUUUUCCAUGGAAUUCUUUUCCAAUCAUCUAUCCUUCUUCUUCUUCCUCUUAAUUACUCUCUUAUCUUCAUGUCAAAUUCAUGCUAGAGACAACCAAUUCUUUAACAAAAUCCCCACCACCAACAUUAACAAUGAUCAUAGUGAAAAAGAAACAAAAGUAGUAGUAACUCCAAACAAAAACCAAGAACCAAAUUUCAUUCCUAAAAAUGAAAAUGCUUAUGGUGUUUAUGGUCAUGAGUUAGGUCAAUUGCCACCUUCCACCCCCACAACUAACCUUAUUCCUAACAACAAGUACCUUCCCAAGAAUUACAACUCUGUGGCUUAUGUUACUGUCCCUCAGUACAACACUGAUGAAACCAACACCAUGAAUAGUAACAACCAACGCUAUAAUAGUGGUCGUGGUAUUAGUUCUGAUCACGACCACUAUUAUAUAGGUGACAAUACUUAUAACAAUAACGACAACAACAAUAAUAAUGAGUAUUAUAUUAAUGGCAACACUUACGACCACUACUACAAAAGUGACAAUAAUGACGACAACAACAACAACAAUAAUCAGUACUACAACAGUGUCAACACCUAUAACGAACAAUAUCACAAUGGUGGCAAGGCUGGCUCUAAGGUCAUGACCACUUCCACAGAGUCAUACCUAAAUGGUGAUGGCCGCGAAUACUACUACAUCAAAAAAGAUCAGUUGCAGGACAUGAAUGAGCCAAGAUUAAUGGACAAAGGCUACGCGACCGCCACCUCCUACAAGAAUGGUGGCAAUAAUUUCUAUUACAACAAUCAAGAACAAAGUCCCAACACAAAGAAGUAUGUCAAGAAUCCAUAUGAAAAAUCAAGAGAAUUUGCAAACUCCUAUAUUGGUAACAAUGAGUUAAGCAACAACAACAACAACAACUUUGUGAACUAUGAGAAUGAUGAAGAACACAUGCCUUGAGUUUUCUUUUUCUAAAAAACAAAUUUUCAAUAGUUUUAAAUUAAGUGAGCAACAUGUGUCAUGAGUUUCAAUCAUCAUGAGUGUUUCAUUUUCAAUUUUGAGUUAUGUUUAGUAGGUAAAAUGUUAAUGUAUUUUUAAGAUCUAUGUACCGGCGAUAUAAAUCAUGUUUACAGACUUAUUUGAUACUGAAACAUCGUAAUUGAGUCUAUAAUAUGGUGUAAGUGUAUAUAUAGUAAUUGUUUUAAUGAGCUUGGAAAAAGCUAC